GGCCGGUGACGACCAGGGGGAGAGGGUGGAGGUGGCACUAGCCAGGGCUAGCGAUCGGGAUGCGGCAGCCGCCUGUGAAGAGUGGCGCUGACCACCUGGAGCUGCUUCCCCCCCAUUGUCCCCUUCUGCGUCGCCGCCUGGCUGGUGGCCGCCACCGGGUUGCGGGAUUCCCUUGAGCAUACUGGACUCUCCAGCCAGAUGUGCGACCCCCACUCCUCUCGCUUUGGGCUCCAGCCGCGGCGUUUCACAGUCGCAGAUGGCGGCCUCUGAGGUAGCUGGCCUUGGGGCCAGUGCCCCCAGUCCUUCGGAACCCUCUGCUUUGUGUGCUUCCAAGACAGAGGAAGUUCUUCCAGAUGGUCUAAGUCCCAAAGACUCUGCUCAGAAACAGAAGAACUCAUCUCCGCCAAGUAACCAAAUGGUCACCAAGGAGAGUAACAGAAAUGCCCAUUUGGAACACCCAGAGCAGACUUCCAGCUCAUCAGCAGGUGAUCCUACGGCAGCGCACCAGGAAGUUUUAGGAGAAACCUUGGUAGCCACAGCCUUGUGUCUUUCUGGCAGCGGAUCUCAGUCUGAUUUGAAGGACUUGACCAACCCAGCAGGAGAGGAAGGGGACACGAGCCUCCGGGAGACCCUCCAACCGGUCACUCGGUCCGUUAAGGCAGGGUGCCAUUCAAAACAACUUGCCUCCAGGAAUUGCUCUGAAGAGAAAUCCCCAGCAGCCCCCACCUUGAAAGAAGGUGGCAGGGACACAGGCUUGGAUUUCCGGCCUAUAGUGCCUCCUGCAAAUGGGGUUGAAGGAGUCAGAGCAGAUCAGGAUGAUGAUCAGGAUGGCUCUUCCUUGAAGCUUUCUCAGAACAUUGCUGUGCAGACUGACUUUAAGACAGCAGAUUCAGAGGUAAACACAGACCAAGAUAUUGAAAAGAAUCUGGACAAAAUGAUGACAGAGAGAACUCUGUUGAAGGAGCGUUACCAAGAAGUUCUGGACAAGCAGAGGCAGGUGGAGAAUCAGCUCCAAGUGCAAUUAAAGCAGCUUCAGCAAAGGAGAGAAGAAGAAAUGAAGAAUCACCAGGAGAUACUAAAGGCUAUUCAGGAUGUGACCAUAAAGCGAGAAGAAACCAAGAAGAAGAUAGAGAAGGAAAAGAAGGAGUUCCUGCAGAAGGAGCAGGACCUGAAAGCUGAGAUUGAGAAGCUUUGCGAGAAGGGAAGAAGAGAAGUGUGGGAAAUGGAACUGGAUAGACUCAAGAAUCAGGAUGGUGAAAUCAACCGGAACAUUAUGGAAGAGACAGAGCGGGCCUGGAAGGCAGAGAUCCUGUCACUAGAGAGCAGGAAGGAGUUGCUGGUGUUGAAACUGGAAGAAGCAGAGAAAGAAGCAGAGCUUCAUCUGACUUACCUCAAGUCAACUCCUCCAACACUGGACACAGUUCGUUCCAAACAAGAGUGGGAGACAAGACUGAAUGGAGUUCGGAUAAUGAAAAAGAAUGUUCGGGACCAGUUUAAUAGUCAUAUCCAGCUAGUAAGGAAUGGAGCCAAGCUGAGCAGCCUUCCUCAGAUCCCUACCCCCACUUUGCCUCCACCCCCCUCAGAGGCAGAUUUCAUGCUUCAAGUAUUUCAGCCCAGUCCCUCUCUGACCCCUCGGAUGCCCUUCUCUAUUGGGCAGGUCACAAUGCCUCUGGUUAUGCCCAGUGCAGAUCCUCGCUCGUUGUCUUUUCCAAUCUUGAACCCUGCCCUUUCCCAGUCCAAACAACCUUCCCCACCUCUUCCUGGCUCACAUGGGAGAAACAGCCCUGGCUUGGGUUCCUUGGUCAGCCCUCAUGGUCCACACAUGCCUCCUGCUGCCUCCAUCCCGCCUCCCCCAGGCUUGGGCGGUAUUAAGGCUUCUACUGAAACUCCCCGGCCCCAACCAGUAGACAAACUGGAGAAGAUCCUGGAGAAGCUGCUGACUCGGUUCCCACAGUGUAAUAAGGCCCAGAUGACCAACAUUCUUCAGCAAAUCAAGACAGCACGUACCACCAUGGCAGGCCUGACCAUGGAAGAAUUAAUCCAGCUGGUAGCUGCACGGCUGGCAGAGCAUGAACGGGUGGCAUCUAGCACUCAGCCACUUGGUCGGAUCCGGGCUUUGUACCCUGCUCCUCUGGCCCAAAUCAGUACCCCAAUGUUCUUGCCUUCUGCCCAAGUUUCAUACCCUGGAAGGUCUUCACAUGCUCCACCCACCUGUAAGCUAUGUCUGAUGUGUCAGAAACUUGUCCAGCCCAGUGAGCUGCAUCCAAUGGCCUGCACCCACGCGCUGCACAAGGAGUGUAUCAAAUUCUGGGCCCAGACCAACACAAAUGACACUUGUCCCUUUUGCCCAACUCUUAAAUGAUGGACCUGACUGGGGAGGAAGAAGAGGAGAAACUGAUGUGAACAGGAAGCGUGGGUUCAAGAUUUCUAAAACUCUAUAUUUAUACAGUGACAUAUACUCAUGCCGUGUACAUUUUUAUUAUAUAGGUAAUGUGUGUAUAGAAAGUCUGUAUUCAAAUGUUCGUAAUGAAAGUAUGUAUAUAAUGCAGAAA